AUGGCCCCAAACUACUCAAUGUUUCUGGUUCUGAUUCUCACACUUCUUAUAUGUGUUGUGGCCUCGUUGCCAUCGGCCCCGCCCAACGACAUCCUCGCGCCUCUCUAUGGACUGAACGUUCGAGACAAGUGGCCGGACGAGUACGUGAUCAUGUUCCAGGAUGGAUAUUCUUUAGACGAGCACUUUCACACCAUCGGUCGCAACUUAUCACACUCGGCCCAAUUCGCCAAAUAUUCCUUCGGUUACCAGGCGACUAUAGACAGGCAGACACUGGACGAGUUUGUUCGACGAGAUCCCAAUGUUCUCUUUGUUGAGACGAACAGACCGAUUUACGGGAUUCAGCCAGUCGAUGUGGUAUAUUCAGAGCCUUGGAGACCCCCGUGUGCGCGCAACACUUGCAUACUGGAUGGGCAAUGCCAUAAGCUCUGGCGGGACGAAGAUUCUUCGGAGAAUGACCACUUGAGAGAAGAGAUAUUUCGACAGCCCUUUGCAGAUUGA